UGUGCUACAUGGUUGCAGGCUGGAGCUUGGCCACUCACACAUGUCUUGUCCUCCACAUUUGCCAUCCCACAAGAGCUAGAGAAAAGCGUGCAGAUGUUUGAGUUGUUCUAUAAUCAACACUUCAGUGGAAGAAAAUUGACUUGGCUGCAUUAUCUCUGCACAGGUGAGGUGAAAAUGAACUACUUGUCCAAACCCUAUGUUGCCAUGGUGACGACCUAUCAGAUGGCUGUGUUGCUGGCUUUCAACAACAGCCAGAUAGUCACCUACAAGGAGCUGCAGGACGGCACCCAAAUGAAUGAGAAGGAGCUGCAGAAGACCAUAAAGUCCCUAUUGGAUGUAAAGAUGCUCAACCAUGACACAGAAAAGGAGGAGAUUGAGGCAGAGUCCACAUUUUCACUAAAUAUGAAUUUCACCAGUAAACGGACAAAGUUCAAGAUCACAACAUCAAUGCAGAAAGACACACCACAGGAGAUGGAGCAGACAAGGAGCGCUGUAGAUGAGGACCGCAAAAUGUAUUUACAAGCUGCUAUAGUGAGAAUUAUGAAGGCACGGAAGGUGCUCCGACACAACGCCCUCAUCCAAGAGGUCAUCAAUCAGUCCAAAGCCAGGUUCAACCCAAGUAUCAGUAUGAUCAAGAAGUGCAUUGAGGUGCUCAUCGACAAGCAGUACAUUGAGCGAAGCCAGACCUCAGCGGACGAGUACAGCUAUGUGGCAUAGACGGAAGAGCUGAACCGCAGCGCACAUACACACAAACACUCGCCUAUGUGACUGUCCAGCAGAUGCUGGUCCAAAUAAACCGCAAAACCGUCUCCUUCAUCCAUUUAAGGUUUGGACUGUACUUGUCUCUUUGGUUCAUGGUGACUGAAGCAGGACUGGUGCCUCUAAUGUGGAAAACAA